AUGGCGGCGCCCAUGGAGGUGGUGCUGGUGACGGACGCCGCCGGGCCGCUGAGCAAUUGCUCGGUGUGGGAGCUGCACUCGGGCUCCGCGCUCCCCGGCUACCGGGGCGGCAACAGCGGGGCGCGGGGCCUGGCGCUGCUGGGCGGGGAGCACCUGCUGGGGGCGCAGCUGGGCAAGGGCUACAUCAACGUGUGGGAGCUGCAGAGAAAGGACCAACUCCAGCAGAAGAUCAUCUGCCCUGGGCUGGUGACCUGCCUGACAGCUUCCCCUAAUGGUCUCUACAUCCUGGCAGGCAUUGCUGAGAGCAUCUAUCUGUGGGAGGUCUCCAGCGGGAACCUCCUCGCCAUCCUGAACCGACACUACCAAGACCUCACGUGCCUCUGCUUUACCGACGACAGCAGUCACUUUCUCUCGGGGGGCAAGGACUGCCUGGUCCUGGUGUGGAACCUUUACAGCACCCUGCAGGUGGAGCACUCCCAGAUCCCGGAGCCCCGCCACGUGUGGUCUCGACACAGCCUGCCCAUAACAGACCUGUGCUGCGGCUUCGGAGGCCCCCUGGCACGAGCGGCCACCUCCUCCCUCGACCAGACGGUGAAGCUCUGGGAAAUCUCCUCUGGAGAGCUCCUGCUCUCUGUCCUCUUCGAUGUGGGCAUCAUGGCGGUGACCCUUGACCUCUCCGAGUAUCACAUGUUCUGUGGUGGCAUGGACGGCUCCAUCUUUCAGGUCGACCUCUGUGCCUGGCCUGUUCAGAGAGACCGAGCCUUCCACUCGGAGCGGGAGAACGGGAAGAUCUUCAAGGGGCACAGGAACCAGGUGACCUGUCUGUCCGUCUCCACGGACGGCAGCCUGCUGCUCUCCGGCUCGCACGACGAAACAGUCCGGCUAUGGGACAUCCAGAGCAAGCAGUGCCUGCGGACGGUGAAUCACAAAGGCCCAGUGACAAACGCCUUCAUCGCGCUGGCCCCAGCCAACAUGUUUAACCCAGACAGCAAGCCCGGCGUGCCUCUGCCCAAAUUCAGCAAACACCUGCACGGCACCGAGAGCAGCGAGGAUCAAGGAGCCGAGGGGGUGACGGUGCGCCUCGGCCUCCACCAGCAGGGGGCUGGGGAGAGCUACUUGGAAAAGGCUGAACGGUUGUACUCGCAGAUGUGCUCGACGAGGGAAAAGAACCUGAUGGGAGACCAGGAGCAGCUGAAGAUUCAAGUGACUGAGCUGGAGGAUGAAGUCAGCACGCUCCGGAAGAUCAAUAAGAACCUCUUUGACUUCUCUGCCCGCAUCAUCACUAAGACAGCCAAAUGA